CCUUUCUUCACAUUGUACUGCACCUCUCCCUAUAAUCUCCGAUCCCAUGUGCUACACCCUAUGUACAAAGGGGCACCCAAGUUAUGUGCCCAAGUUACCCCAACGUCCGCCUUCCCCACUUUUGAACGAUGUGACCAUGAAGGGGCUGCUGAAAAUGAGGGGGCAGAGGGAGGAGAGGAUUGGAGCUUAGAGUGUCUGCAAAGAACCCACUCUGGAGACAAAGCUCAUCAUUUGUCUCCAUUGCCUUGGGGAGAGACAUCCGACAGUUCUCAGACAGGUGUAUGCGAAAGUCGACCGUUGUCAAUGACUGAUUUUGGAGACAGUUUGAUCAAGUGUGAGCAAGUGGAGCAAGACUUUCAGAAACUGUUGAUGGAGCUUACAGAAACUGAUGAAGAACUAUGCCUUACACAACAACAUACUGGUGAAAAAAUGCUUCCCACUCAACUUACUUCUGUACUCCCUUCCUAUCCCCUCAAUGUGAUGGCAGAAUGCACCCAAGCAAAACAAAUGGCCACAAAACACAUGGAUGAAGUUUCAUGCCGACUUUAUAAGGUCCUGUAUGGAAGCGAUGUUGAAAUUGUGGAUUUGGAUAGUGAGGAUGUGUCUUUAUUACCUACAACUUACUCUCCUGAUUACACAAAGCAAGAAGUCAGGAACAAUGAGGUUCAUGCAGAUGGCAGGCAAACAAAGGCUGAUAAAGACAUUUCAGAGUUUGUGGUUCAGAGUGAUGUGCACCACACUUCUUAUACAGGCAGUCUUGAUGUGAAAUUCAUGAGUAGCGUGAGUGAAACCCAAAAUACAAAUCAGACUUUAGCUGAUCAUCCUGAUGAUGAGGAUAAUUUUGAGAAAAUGCUGUCGCUCGGACAGAAUGUACCUGAAAAUGAGAACAAAGCAGCAACACCGAUGGAGUUAGUAUCUGAAUAUGUUGACGAGUGGGUUAUCAUUUCACGGUCUGGUACUGAGGAAAGACCGCUUUCUCCAGAGUCAGUAACUGAAUACAGGCCAAUGUCUCCAGACUCAGCAAUGUUAGAUAUUAGAUCAUACUCCCCUGAGUCUGUGACAAUAAAUGAAGACUUGUCCAUAGACUCUCCCAUACCACAAUAUGUAUCAUGUGUGAAUCAUCCUGUUACCAUUAAUUACCACUCAUCAUCAUCAGAAUCUAUGCUGUCAGAUACAGAGUGUGAGGCUAUGCCAUUGCUUUUUGAGAAAAGAACAGUAUCUCCUGAUUCUCUUGGCUCUGUAAGUGAUAAUGAGCAGCUGUUAAACCCAAAAGGACUUGAGGGGAUUCAAACAGCAGUUAGUGUAGAAGAGGGAAAUGUUGAAAUACCUGAAACAGCAGCAUAUGAAAGUGCUGACGUAGAGAAACAGUUUUUGGCAUUUUCACCUCAUCAGGACAAAUCUUCAUCUUUAACACAACAUUCUAUACCAGUCUGUAGUUUAGCUUUCGAUGCAGACCACUGCAAGCUCAUUUCUCAAAUCUGUGACCCACAGUAUGUAGGAGUGGCAAACUGCCACGUUUAUAAAACCAGGCCGCAAUCUUAUCUAGCUGAUUUAGAGGAGACUGUUAAAGAUAAAGCUGCUGAUUUUCCAUCAGAUUUUUGCAACAUGUCCCUAUCACUUCAUUCUGAAACAAAAUGUAGACCAGUAUCACCAGAACUGGUAUUGCUUGAAGACAUUUUUAGAUCAGAUUCCUCCCACUCACUGAGGAUCUUUCCAGCUAGUUCUGUUACAACUACAAUGGAAAGGUCCUCAUCACCUGAUUCACUCUGCUCUGAUCUAGAAUACGGGUCUGUGUCUCUGGAAGCAUUAUUCUCUGAAAACAGAGCUUCAUCUCCAGAUUCUGUUGAUGAAGACAGGUCGCAUUCACCUGAGUCACCCAUCCCACAGUUUAAACUAGCUUUGUCAGAAGGUUAUGUUACAGCUACAAUGGAAAGGUCCUCAUCACCUGAUUCAAUUUGCUCUGAUCUAGAAUAUGGGUCUGUGUUUCUGGAAGCAUUAUUCUCUGAAAACAGAGCUUCAUCUCCAGAUUCUGUUGAUGAAGACAGGCCGCAUUCACCUGAGUCACCUAUCCCAGAGUUUAAAAUAGUUUUGUCAGAAGGUUAUUUUAAAGCUACAAUGGAAAGGUCCUCAUCACCUGAUUCAAUUUGCUCUGAUCUAGAAUAUGAGUCUGUGUCUCUGGAAGCAUUAUUCUCUGAAAACAGAGCUUCAUCUCCAGAUUCUGUUAAUGAAGACAGGUCGCAUUCACCUGAGUCACCCAUCCCAGAGUUUAAAAUAGCUUUGUCAGAAGGUUAUGUUACAGCUACAAUGGAAAGGUCCUUCUCACCUGAUUCAAUUUGCUCUGAUCUAGAAUAUGGGUCUGUGUUUCUGGAAGCAUUAUUCUCUGAAAACAGAGCUUCAUCUCCAGAUUCUGUUGAUGAAGACAGGCCGCAUUCACCUGAGUCACCCAUCCCAGAGUUUAAAAUAGCUUUGUCAGAAGGUUAUGUUACAGCUACAAUGGAAAGGUCCUCAUCACCUGAUUCAAUUUGCUCUGAUCUAGAAUAUGAGUCUGUGUCUCUGGAAGCAUUAUUCUCUGAAAACAGAGCUUCAUCUCCAGAUUCUGUUGAUGAAGACAGGCCGCAUUCACCUGAGUCACCCAUCCCAGAGUUUAAAAUAGCUUUGUCAGAAGGUUAUGUUACAGCUACAAUGGAAAGGUCCUCAUCACCUGAUUCAAUUUGCUCUGAUCUAGAAUACGAGUCUGUGUCUCUGGAAGCAUUAUUCUCUGAAAACAGAGCUUCAUCUCCAGAUUCUGUUGAUGAAGACAGGCCGCAUUCACCUGAGUCACCUAUCCCAGAGUUUAAAAUAGCUUUGUCAGAAGGUUAUGUUACAGCUACAAUGGAAAGGUCCUUCUCACCUGAUUCAAUUUGCUCUGAUCUAGAAUAUGGGUCUGUGUCUCUGGAAGCAUUAUUCUCUGAAAACAGAGCUUCAUCUCCAGAUUCUGUUGAUGAAGACAGGCCGCAUUCACCUGAGUCACCCAUCCCAGAGUUUAAAAUAGCUUUGUCAGAAGGUUUUGUUACAGCUACAGUGGAAAGGUCCUCAUCACCUGAUUCACUCUACUCUGAUCUAGAAUACGAGUCUGUGUCUCUGGAAUCAUUAUUCUCUGAAAACAGAGCUUCAUCUCCAGAUUCUGUUGAUGAAGACAGUCCGCAUUCACCUGAGUCACCUAUCCCAGAGUUUAAAAUAGCUUUGUCAGAAGGUUAUGUUACAGCUACAAUGGAAAGGUCCUUCUCACCUGAUUCAAUUUGCUCUGAUCUAGAAUAUGGGUCUGUGUCUCUGGAAGCAUUAUUCUCUGAAAACAGAGCUUCAUCUCCAGAUUCUGUUGAUGAAGACAGUCCGCAUUCACCUGAGUCACCUAUCCCAGAGUUUAAAAUAGCUUUGUCAGAAGGUUAUGUUACAGCUACAAUGGAAAGGUCCUUCUCACCUGAUUCAAUUUGCUCUGAUCUAGAAUAUGGGUCUGUGUCUCUGGAAGCAUUAUUCUCUGAAAACAGAGCUUCAUCUCCAGAUUCUGUUGAUGAAGACAGUCCGCAUUCACCUGAGUCACCUAUCCCAGAGUUUAAAAUAGCUUUGUCAGAAGGUUAUGUUACAGCUACAAUGGAAAGGUCCUUCUCACCUGAUUCAAUUUGCUCUGAUCUAGAAUACGGGUCUGUGUCUCUGGAAUCAUUAUUCUCUGAAAACAGAGCUUCAUCUCCAGAUUCUGUUGAUGAAGACAGUCCGCAUUCACCUGAGUCACCCAUCCCACAGUUUAAAAUAGCUUUGUCAGAAGGUUAUGUUACAGCUACAAUGGAAAGGUCCUCAUCACCUGAUUCACUCUACUCUGAUCUAGAAUACGAGUCUGUGUCUCUGGAAUCAUUAUUCUCUGAAAACAGAGCUUCAUCUCCAGAUUCUGUUGAUGAAGACAGGUCGCAUUCACCUGAGUCACCCAUCCCAGAGUUUAAAAUAGCUUUGUCAGAAGGUUAUGUUACAGCUACAAUGGAAAGGUCCUUCUCACCUGAUUCAAUUUGCUCUGAUCUAGAAUAUGGGUCUGUGUUUCUGGAAGCAUUAUUCUCUGAAAACAGAGCUUCAUCUCCAGAUUCUGUUGAUGAAGACAGUCCGCAUUCACCUGAGUCACCCAUCCCACAGUUUAAAAUAGCUUUGUCAGAAGGUUAUGUUACAGCUACAAUGGAAAGGUCCUCAUCACCUGAUUCACUCUACUCUGAUCUAGAAUACGAGUCUGUGUCUCUGGAAUCAUUAUUCUCUGAAAACAGAGCUUCAUCUCCAGAUUCUGUUAAUGAAGACAGUCCGCAUUCACCUGAGUCACCCAUCCCAGAGUUUAAAAUAGCUUUGUCAGAAGGUUAUUUUAAAGCUACAGUGGAAAGGUCCUCAUCACCUGAUUCAAUUUGCUCUGAUCUAGAAUAUGAGUCUGUGUCUCUGGAAUCAUUAUUCUCUGAAAACAGAGCUUCAUCUCCAGAUUCUGUUGAUGAAGACAGGUCGCAUUCACCUGAGUCACCCAUCCCAGAGUUUAAAAUAGCUUUGUCAGAAGGUUAUGUUACAGCUGCAAUGGAAAGGUCCUCAUCACCUGAUUCAAUUUGCUCUGAUCUAGAAUAUGGGUCUGUGUCUCUGGAAUCAUUAUUCUCUGAAAACAGAGCUUCAUCUCCAGAUUCUGUUGAUGAAGACAGUCCGCAUUCACCUGAGUCACCAUUCCCAGAGUUUAAAAUAGCUUUGUCAGAAGGUUAUGUUACAGCUACAAUGGAAAGGUCCUCAUCACCUGAUUCACUCUACUCUGAUCUAGAAUACGAGUCUGUGUCUCUGGAAGCAUUAUUCUCUGAAAACAGAGCUUCAUCUCCAGAUUCUGUUGAUGAAGACAGGUCGCAUUCACCUGAGUCACCCAUCCCAGAGUUUAAAAUAGCUUUGUCAGAAGGUUAUGUUACAGCUACAGUGGAAAGGUCCUCAUCACCUGAUUCAAUUUGCUCUGAUCUAGAAUAUGGGUCUGUGUCUCUGGAAUCAUUAUUCUCUGAAAACAGAGCUUCAUCUCCAGAUUCUGUUGAUGAAGACAGUCCGCAUUCACCUGAGUCACCCAUCCCAGAGUUUAAAAUAGCUUUGUCAGAAGGUUAUGUUACAGCUACAAUGGAAAGGUCCUCAUCACCUGAUUCACUCUACUCUGAUCUAGAAUACGAGUCUGUGUCUCUGGAAGCAUUAUUCUCUGAAAACAGAGCUUCAUCUCCAGAUUCUGUUGAUGAAGACAGGUCGUAUUCACCUGAGUCACCCAUCCCAGAGUUUAAAAUAGCUUUGUCAGAAGGUUAUGUUACAGCUACAAUGGAAAGGUCCUCAUCACCUGAUUCAAUUUGCUCUUAUCUAGAAUAUGGGUCUGUGUCUCUGGAAUCAUUAUUCUCUGAAAACAGAGCUUCAUCUCCAGAUUCUGUUGAUGAAGACAGGCCGCUAUGUGCCAUUACAGCUACUCUGGAAAAACCCUCAUCACCCAUUUCUCUUUCGUCAAAGAAUGAGUAUUCAGUUCUAUCAUUUUGCUCUGCAGUUCAACCAUCAUCUUUUCAUUCUGAAAUUUCUGCAGAAAACAUUGGUUACUCUCCAAUACCAACAUUUGAAACAGGUCUUACUGACUCAAUUUCAAGUACUGAUCAUAAAUUACUACUUUCUAAGUCACUGAUUUCAAAUUCUGAGCUUCAACAAUCAAGUGUAGACAUAACUUGUACUGAACAGACACCCAAAUCUCCUGAAUCAGGAAUCACAGAGUUUACAGAGACUGCUGAUAGUGGUAAGUCUUUAAAGAAGGUCAAAGUUCCCAUCUAUAAACUUGUUUAUGGUGCGGAACUUUGGAAGUUAAGUUCUCAAAUACAUGAUCAUCACUAUGUCGGAGAGACAAGUAAAACUGGGUUUUUUGAGUAUGCUGGAACAAAAACUGAGUAUGUUCUGGAGGAUUCAGAGGACAGACCAUUGUCACCUGAUUCUAAGUCAAAAAACAGGUCUUUAUUGCUGGAGGAAAUUCUAGAUUGUCCAGAUUCUUUGAAAGGCAUCUGCUCAGAUUCCCCAGUUCCUCCGAUUUUCCCUUACUUUGCUAACAUUUCAGAGUGUCACUCAUAUUUACCGGAAUCAGAUGUGUCAACUGAUGGAUCAGACCACAACAAAAGCAGCCCUUUAUCACAUGUUUCUGUAAUAUCUGCAGAUGGAAGCAUUCCAUUUUUUCCUGAUUCACCCUUACAAGACUUCAGACCUGUAGUACCUGAAUUGCACAGAGCUGCCUUUGGAUAUAGGUCCUCCAAACCAGAGUCAUUGCUUUCAGAUACUGAAUAUGGCUUUUCAACUUCAGUGGUCUUUACAGAUGAGAGAACAGACUCACCUCAAUCAGCUUCCAAUCUUGAAGACAAGGUGUCAGCAGCUGAUGAAACAUUCAGGGCACACCAGAUGAUAUGUCAGCUGUAUGAUCCUCAUUAUGUAGGAGAAAGUUUUGUAAACAGAGCUGAAAUAGUUGAUGAUACUGGGACCAAUGUAGAAUGUAUUCAACUCGAUUCAGAUGUGGAAGAGAGAGAAUUUUCUGCUUUAUUUCUUGAACCUUCAGUUUCAUCAAAGUUUAGUCCUGCUGAGUCUUGCAUCCUUGGCAGUCUAAGGUCUUCCAAUUCAGAAACUGAAUUGCGGCCACUUUCACCAGAGUCAGUAAUGGAAUAUGGGCCAAUGUCACCUGAAGAAUUAGUGACAGAAAUAAGAAGAUGGUCUCCUGAUUCAAGGGCAUCCAUUACUGAGUUUAGGCCUCUAUCUCCAGAUUCUCCUCUACCACCACCAUUUAACCCAGAUAUAGAAGAAGCUAUGUUGGUUUUUGGAAGCAGGUCAUCAUCACCUACAUUUCUCAUGUUGGACAAUGACUUAGAAGUUUUGGACAUGCAAUUUGUUGAGGUGAAGGGGCGAUCAUAUACACCAGAUUCUGAAAAUGAAUUUAGGACACUUUCCCCUGAUUCACCUAUACCUGAAUUCAAACAUUUUAUAUUCCACCCCCCAAGUAUUUCGAAUGCUGAAUGCAGGUCCACUUCAACUGAAUCUGUUUGUUUUUCUGAUUUAGAAUUUGAAGAGGGUCUAUUUGUAUCAGUGAUGGAUGAACACCGACAUCCAUCGCCUGAUUCAGUAGUAUCUAGAGACGAAAGUCAAACCCAAUCACCAGAUUCAUCUGAACCUCAGGUCAUGUCGAGCGUAGUUGAACGUUACCCAUCAUUUGUUGAGUUUAGAUCAACAGUUAUGUCUGAUGUUAAGUAUUCAUCUUUAGCUAACCACUUACUUGAUACUGAAGAUAGGCCAGUUAUUGUAGAAUCAUUAGAAUCAGAAACUGAAGAGAAACCUUUGUUACCUGACUCUAAAUCAGAGAAUAGAAUUUCCUCACCUGUAUCACUAAUGGCAAAUGUCACAUCAUCUUCUCCUGAAUCAAGUGGUUCUCUAAACAAAGCCAGAGGUCAUUUACCAAAUUCCACUCUUCCUCAUGUUGAUGCCAGUGGUCGUAGGUUGUCAUCACCUGAAUCGGUAACUUCAGAAAUAGAAUAUGCUCCUUUGAUUUCACAGAUGUUUGAUGUUAAGGACAGACCAGAGUCCUGCCAAUCAGAUGUGUCUGACUCUGACCUCAGAUGUUUGUCCUCAGACUCUCCACUACCCCAGUACACUACUAUGUUAGAAGUCAAAUACAGGCCCUUAUCACCCAUAUCAGUAUAUUCAGAUGAAGAUUCAGAGAGGGAUUUGUGUGCCACAGGGCUUUUUAAGGACAGAGCAGAAUCUUGUGAAUCAGCUGCAUCAGAGUUUAAACUUUUACUAGACUCACCAAUUCCUGAAUUUAGACAAGAUCUAGAAUCAUCGAUAUCAUAUACAGACUUCAGGUCUUGUUCACCUAAAUCUGUGUUAUCUGAUUUUGAAACAGAGUUAUAUUCUCUUAUGGUCCCAGAAGGCCAGCAGUCAUCUCCUGAAUCCUUACCAUCUGUGAGCAAAUACAGAAGUCUUUCUCCUGAUUCCCCUGUACCUGACUUCAGACGGGGUUUGCUAGAAACUAAUGUUGAGUUCAAAGCUCACGGGUCAUCAUCACUUGAAUCAGUGGCUUCAGAUACAGAAUAUGCUCCUCUGAUUUUACAGAUGUUUGAUUUUGAGGACAGGGAAGAAUCCCGACAAUCAGAGGUGUCUGACUUGGACCUUAGAUUCGUGUCUCCUGAUUCUCUGCUUCCGCAGUACACCAUUAAUGCUCCCACUAUGUUGGCAGUAAAAUUCAGAACGCCAUCACCUGGAUCAGAAUAUUCAGAUGAGGAUUUAGAGACUGAUUUGUGUAUCCCAUGGCUUUUUGAGGACAGGGCAGAAUCUCCUGAUUCAACUCCAUCAGAAGAUCAUUUUAAACCCCUUUCACCUGACUCACCCAUUCAGUUACCUCAUGAGUCUAUUGUAUCUCACAGUGCUUUAAGGUCCAUGUCCCCUGAGUCAGCGCUUUCAGAUGUAGAAAUAGACCUCCCAACACUUAUGGAAGGUAAACCACCUUCUCCUGAAUCUCUAUCAUCAGAUAAACUUUCACCUGAUUCACCUGUACCUGACUUUGUGAAAACACUGUUUAGAGUAACCAAAAAUGUCUUUGUAGAAAGAUCAGCAUCUCAUGAGUCAACAUGCUCAGACGAUGAAUAUAUUGUUAUAAGUUUAAGCUCACUAGUUCAUGACAUGAGAUCCUCUUCACCUGGCUCGUUAGCAUCUGGAGAUGAGUACCAAGUGCAGUCACCAGACUCGCCAAUACCCGAUUACAUGCCGGAUCGUGUCAUUGUAAAUGUUGGGUAUCACUCAUCCUCUCCUGAAUCCAUCGAAUCAGAUGUUGAGUACGCUGUGAGUGACUUUUUGAUGUCCACAAUUUUUUGUGUUGAGAACAGACCAGAUUCUCCUGAAUCAGUAGAAUCAGAAACAGAAGAAAGGCCGCUCUCUGUUGAAUCUAUACCAGAAUACAGACCCAUGUCUCCUGGGACAUUAGUGCUACUUGGAAACAUUAGAUCAGUAUCUCCAGAAUCUACUCAGUCAUUUGAUGAACACAAGAAGCUUUCUCCAGACUCACCUCUCCCCUGGUUUACACAAAAUGUUUUUGAGGCUCCAGCAGCAGGAACACUUUAUGGGAGCUCAUCCUCUGAAUCAUUUUCAUCAUUAUUUUCAGAUCUGGCCUGUGAUCUGACAUGCUCUCCUUCAUUUAAUGCAAAAGUCACUACCAAGAGAGCAUUAUCAGCUCAGUCCGAAAAAUCAUAUGACGAACUCCUGGGAUCUGAAUCACCAGUGCCCGAUUUCACAAAGAGUUUUGUGGAAAGUUUCACGUGUGUGAGAAACAUGUCACCAUUAGCAUUUUCAGAUUCUGACAGUUUAUCCCAUGCUUCAGCUCCAUUUUGUACAGAAGAAAGAACAACAUCACCUGAAUCUUUAGUAUUAGAUAUGGAGGAAACACUUGCAUCCAGAUCAUCUUUAAAUGAAUUAAAAGACCCACCUGACGAAGAACCUGAAGAAUCACUAAUUAUGGUAACUGAGUAUAAUCCCGCUGAUGAUGCUGAACGGUGGAGUCCAAAUUCUCAAGCAAGUCAUCUUCAGUGCAGAGAAACUUUGCAUAGUAAAAAAAGGUUUACGCAGUUUGUUGACAGCACAAUAGAGUACGAGAGACGUGAAACAGAUGAUGAAAAUCAGACAGAAAAAGAUAAAAAUAAGCAAGACGUGACGGUCACACUACCAAACUCAGAGGAGGCAGAGUCACCUCCACCAAUGACUGAACACAUUUUCUCUUCACAAGCAGUUCCAUACAGACAGGGAAAGUCUAUAUUUGAAUUGGCUGAGGCAGAAACACAGGAUGAAGAUUCACCAGAAUCCUUAAUACACCACAGACCCAUGUCCCCUAAGUCAGUCAUGGUGUUAGACAUAAGAGCACCAUUACCAGAACCUGUGACAUCAGUCAGUCAGUUCAGACCACUUUCACCAGAUUCUCCCGUACCAGAACUUACAGUGGCAUUGUCAGAAUGUGUAAAGUUUCCCAGAUCAUCAUCAUCGUCGCCUGAAACUUUAGCAUUGGGUUCAGAUCAUAUGCCACUGAGUUUAGAAUUUGACUGUGUAGAAUGCAGACCAUCAUCUCUGGAAGUUCCACUGUUUGAUGAUCAGAAUGAGACAGACAGGCCAUUAUCCUCUGAGUCACUGACUGAAUACAUACCUGUGUCAUUUCAAUCUGCCAUACACCUGGCUGACAAAAGAGCAUCAUCUCCAGAAUCAAUGCCAGAGUUCAAUGAGAACAGGCCACUGUCUCCAGACUCUCCCAUCCCUCAGUUUACAGAGUCAUUGGAGGUGUACAGCACUAUUUGUGAGUCAUCAUCAACUGAAUCACAGAGUUCAGACUCAGAGUACGAGUUAAUUGUCAAAUCAUCAAAAGUUGCUGGUAGUAACAGACCAUCCUCACCUGAAUCUGUAUCGUCUCUCAGUGAGUUUGAACAACUGUUACCUGACUCACCAGUACCUGAAUUUAUGAGAAUACUGUCGUCUUAUUUUAUGAAUGCUACUCCAGUAGAAAGAUCAUCUUCUCCAGUUUCUUUUGCAUCAGACUCUGAGUUUGUGGCCUUGCCUAUUGAUUGUUGGAUUAAUGAUAUUUCGCGACCUUUGAGCCCUGAAACUGCGGAAUCAGAGGAGGAAUUAGAUCCAUCUUCAUCAUUACUUAUCAAAAGCCCAAUAGCGAUGUCACCGUUAAUAAUUCAAAUUGGGGAUAAGUCUGGUGAAGAACAUCCUAAGUGGCAAGAAAUGAAAGAAUCACAACCAGAAGUUUGGUCAUACAAAGAAUGGAUGGAGCCCGGAUCUGAGGUUGGAAGCUUCUCAACUUUACAAACCACUGUCUGUGAGGAAGACUUGUCUCUGAAACCAGUACACGUUAACGAUGGUGAAGGAAAGCAGAAGAAGACCCAGCCUGUUAGUGUUGAAGAACUAAAGACCAAGCUAGCCUCUCAAAGGGCUCCUGACACACCGAAGGAGACACAGUUUCAAACAGAUGGUGACACACGGCGGAAGCUUCAGUCUGCUACAACAAUAACACAGCAUAGCAGUAACAUAGGUGUGCUCUUUGGUGAAGACAAGCUGGUGGCAUCAGUCCCUCUACAGCUACCUGAACACAGCACAUACACAACUCACAGGGCUGUUACUCCAAUUCUGCCUUCACAUGAGAAAGCUUCAUUUGCAUCCCACAGGUACUCUGAGUGGGAGUUGUCCCUGAAGGAAGCACAAUCUAGUGAGCACUCUUCACCCUCGCCAACUCGUGAUCGAGAUUACCAGGCAAUACUUUCAGGACAUCAAACCCUGAGAGCUCCUGAAUAUAGCCAGGUGUCCUUGAAUGACAGGAGCCUCCUGCUGCCAGUGUUCAGCGACUCUACCUCAGCUAAGCUUGAGAGCCAAGCUCUGACUAAGAAAGAGUCUGAAACCCUUGAAGACACCGAAGACUUUUCACCAGACUUUAAGAAGGUCCUCACAGGAACUAGUGAGAAACUAGUGUCUGAAUUUGGAUUAGGUGAACUGAAUGUCCCACUAAAGCAACACUUGAAGGGCUCUGAAUCUCCACAGCACUCGGAUUCAGAUGUGGAAUUCUUUGACUGCAGACAAGCCUUCUCUGACUUUUCUGAACCAGAAGAUGUGAUUACCUAUCAUAUCUCUGAACCCCCUUCACCAGUACCUGGGAGUAGUCUUGAUACUGGCCCUCAGCGUGCUACUCAAGCAAACCAGCUCUUCUUGUGGGCAGAAGAUAAAAACCUCUUGUCUUCCAGUAGUGAAAGUCUUUGUGAAUUUGCUUAUGAUGUAGAGGCGUAUCAGACAGAGAGAGGCCUCCCCAUACUCGAGGAGCUCCCUUCCAGAGAUCAGGCAGAAUAUUAUGACGAUGAUGACUUCCUGGGACGGGUAAGAGGUUGAGCAUGAGCACAGUGCUGUGUCUCGUUAAAGCUGAUUGCUGUGGAUCUGUAUUCCCAAAUCAAGAGACUAAACAAACAGUCUGUACUUUGGAGACUAAAAGACACUGAAAAAUGCUUUUGCGUGUGCAUAAAUAUUAGAAAUAUUGCAAAUUUCAUAACACAAACACUUCUUCCUCACAUCAGUGUGCUGUUUGGGUUUGUUUUUUUGCAGUAUCUCAAACUGUUGAUGAAAUGCAUGAGCUACUGUAAAGAAUCUUUAACAGUUUGUGUGGAGACAUUUGCACCUCUGUCAGAAACGAUUUCUACAGUUUUCAGUAACCCUGAAAUCUGCCAGCACUGCAGUUCAUCCCACUAAUAUGUACAGAUAUCUGCCCUCCUCAGAUAUAUGCAUGAGAAUGUCUUUUAGCUAUGAAGGAUACAGUCAUAUGGGGAAAGGUUUUUUCAUGGGACCCAGUGCAGUUAUGCAUUUGUUUAUGCACAGCUCUCUUAAGGUAAAGAGUUGAGUUCUGGUCUUUGGGCUGUUAGCCCUGCUUGAUUCUUUUAUUUUUUUAGCCAUUCUGUUGCAGAUUUGUUCGGGUACUUCAGACCCCCCAUUUUAUUUCUUCAGUAGUGUCUUCGGUACAGGUGGCCUUACAUUUGACUCUAGAACACUGGGAUUCAGGACUUCAUGUUCAACUCACUGACUGCAUGUACCCAGGUCCAAGUGCAGCUCAUCGCCUCUAACUUCCACUAACAGUGUUUCCACUUAUGAAUUAUUUUCUCACUGUUGACUUGUUUGGACUUCCGAUUGAUGGACAGCAACAAUUUCUGGCCAACAAUCUGGGCAGUUCAUUGCUUGUGUUGAUGCACAGCUGAAUGCUGUAAACUUCUGCUCACAUUUGCUGCUGAUGCAGUUAAUCACAUGCAUUUGAUUAGCAGAACCUGCUACUGCUACUUACUGUCUUAAUUCCUGUGGAAGCAGUAACGGUGUACUCAGUUUUUCACAGGAUAUCACAGAGAUCUGUGGCUGUAGAAGUCAAGUUAAGAGAAAAGAAGCAGUGGCUGCCUGUAGACACUGUUUAGACCCAUGCUAUGUUGACCCAUGCUGGUUAU